AUGAUGAACGCUUUCCUGGAUGGCGUGUCCUCGCACCCUCACCACCUGGCCAAUCUCGGUAUCAAACUGUCACCGAGUGGCGGAGGUGCCACCGGUGGUUCCACGGAUGGUGGUGCAGGUGUCCAACCAGCACCGGGCGAAGCACCGUCUCAACAGCAUCACCAUUUCCACCCUCAAGGUUAUCCCCCUCAUCAUCCUCAUCCGGCGUCACACAUGGCGCCUCACAUGGGCCAUCACAUGAGCCAUCAUCCGGGUUACGCGGCUCGCGAUUUCCUCCUACGUCGCGAGCACGAGUUCAACGCUACCGCGAAUCCGACAACGCCCGAGAGCGGUCUUGGUCUGUUCACGCCGCUUCAUCACGACGGAACAGCCGCGACUAUGCAACAAUUCCCUCAUCAUCCGAGUCAACAUCCUCUGGCCGCCAGCCAUUAUCCUGGACAUUAUCCGCAGGACUCGAGGCUACCGCCGCAUCAUCAAUAUUUAGGAGCUCCCCAUCUAACGCCAGCCUCGAUCCACCAUCAACAGCAUCCAGCGGUCAGUCAUCCGAGUCAUCAUCCACACGGAGCGUUCUUAAGGUACAUGAGGAGCAACGGAAGCGGCGGUGGUGGUAGUGGCGGCGUGGCCGGUGGCCAGAGGCAAGAGAUGUCCUGCAUGUGGGUUGACCAGGACGCACCAGGACCCGGAAGGAAGCUGUGCGGCAAACUUUUCAACUCCCUCCACGAUAUCGUGACGCACCUCACGGUGGAGCACGUGGGCGGGCCCGAGUGCACCACGCACGCGUGCUUCUGGCAGGGAUGCGCGCGUAACGGCAGGGCCUUCAAGGCCAAGUACAAGCUCGUCAAUCACAUAAGGGUACACACGGGGGAGAAACCGUUCCCCUGUCCCUUCCCCGGAUGCGGAAAGGUGUUCGCCAGGUCGGAGAAUCUUAAGAUACACAAGAGGACGCAUACCGGCGAGAAACCGUUCAAGUGCGAAUACUCCGGCUGCGAGAGGCGGUUCGCGAACAGCAGCGACCGCAAGAAGCACAGUCACGUCCACACGUCCGACAAGCCUUACAAUUGUCGGGUUUCCGGCUGCGACAAGUCCUACACCCAUCCUAGCUCGUUGCGCAAGCAUAUGAAGGUGCACGGCAUGACCCUGGGCGAGGGCAAGAUAGGAGGGGGCUACGAGAGCGAGGGUGAAGAGAGCAGCAGCAGCGGGGGUAGCUUGUCCGUGACCGGGCACACGGAGUCGCCUCAGCCGCCUCCAGUCGUCCCGACGACCACCACGACCAACCCACCGUCGAGUCAUCCUUCGACCAGGGGCCCGGAAUUGACGGAGUGGUACGUCUGUCAGCCGCCAACGGUCGGUCCACAGCAUAGCCCGUUGCCAGGACCUCCGCCGCCCCAUCACCUUGGCCCACACCAUUUCAAUCCGCUGAUGCAUCACCAGGCGACUGCCUACUAG